CCCGCCCCGCCCCUCCAGGCAGUCCUCGCUGCUUCACCGGGAACCUUUCCUCAGCCGCGGCUUCGCCUCCCCGCCGGGGCGUAGCUGUGCGGGCCGCGAAGCUCCCGCGACCCAGAAACACUCGGGCACGGGCGGAGCGGCGGGUCUGUGUAGCUGCGCCAUGGCCGCGUCGGCCUGGUGCUGCCUGCGCUGCUGCAGGGACGGCGGGACCGGCCACAUUCCUCUCAAGGAGAUGCCGGCCGUACAGCUGGACACGCAGCACAUGGGAACAGAUGUCGUCAUUGUGAAGAAUGGAAGAAGAAUCUGCGGCACCGGAGGUUGUUUAGCCAGUGCACCUCUACAUCAGAACAAAAGCUACUUUGAGUUCAAAAUCCAGUCUACUGGAAUCUGGGGUAUAGGUGUUGCAACUCAGAAAGUUAACUUGAACCAGAUUCCUCUUGGCCGAGACAUGCAUAGUCUGGUGAUGAGAAAUGAUGGAGCCCUGUACCACAACAAUGAAGAAAAAAACAGACUGCCAGCAAACAGCCUUCCUCAGGAGGGAGAUGUAGUGGGUAUUACAUAUGACCAUGUAGAAUUAAAUGUGUAUUUGAAUGGGAAAAACAUGCAUUGUCCAGCAUCAGGUAUACGAGGGACAGUGUAUCCAGUUGUAUAUGUUGAUGACAGUGCAAUUUUGGAUUGCCAGUUCAGUGAAUUUUAUCAUACUCCUCCACCUGGUUUUGAAAAAAUAUUGUUUGAGCAGCAGAUCUUCUGAAUGUGUUUGUUUUCAAAACUUGCACCUCUGCACCACCACACAAGCGUUCACCACUUAAUAAAGCUCUCCCUGAUCUAGAGAUGAGAACACAUUCUGGAAAUUUCUCUUCUUACUGUUGUCAAAGGGACCCGUGUAUUCAUCAUACCAUACUGAAGUUGGAUUUAAAAUGUCUAGGCAUUGUGAUAGAAAAAUCAGCAUUUGGGGCCUCUUAUUUAAUCUUAUUUAAACUAAUAAACCAUGGGUUUGAUUAACAGUAUUACGUGGUAACAUGUAUAUAAAUAUUUAAAGGAAUGUUUCUUAUAUAAAGUAUUUGUUUGACAGUAAUGUGUAACUGAGUGAUUUUUUUUUUGUCAUUCUGAGCUUGAGUCAUCACAUCUGUAAGCCAAUAAUUUUGUGUCUCCUUGUCCUUUUUGAGAAAUUGAACUGGCAGUAACUUAUAUACCUGGCAGCUUAGCUUUGCUAACGUAUUUCCUCUGUUCAUGGACCACUUUUCUUAAAACAAACUGCUUCUUUUGCUGUGUUAUAUCACUGCUUUCUGUUGCCUUUUUGAAAGAUGAGAAACUCUAGUUAUCAGACCAUCUUGUUGGAAACCAUCAAGCUGAGUAAGGAGUGGUUGAUUGUAUGUAGUACACUGGCAGACAUUUACAAGAGUUAUGAUGCUUUAAAUCUAAAUGAACCAAGUGUGGUGGCACACAACACUUGGGAGACAGUUUGAGGCUAGCCUGGUUCAUAUAGUAAGUAUGAAUACCAGGGCAACAAGGACUAUGUAGAGAGACCCUAUCAAAAAAAAAAAACAAUUGUAUGUUUGCUGUAAGGAAUAAUAAACAUUUAUUAAGGACUAUUCAAUAUUGUAUUUAAAACAUUCUUCUGUUUUGUUUAUUACAUGGUAAUAAUUUUAGAAGUUUUGAGAUAAGUGAGUCCUGACAAUACUGAGCCUUUGGUCUUCAGUGAGUCCCUGUCCUUUAGUUAACACCAUGACUGAAAUGACCACAUCUUCAGGUACAUUCUCCUUCUCUGAUAAGCAUAGUCAGGAUGCAUCACAAAUGGUAUGGCGCAUGUGCGUGGGGCAAGGAACACAUGGGCGCUAGAAUGCAGAGAACAGUUGCCCAAUCUCCUGCCCUCUGCUGAGUUUCCUUAGAGCCUUGGGGCUCUGGUUGUUUCCCACCUUAUGUAAAGGGUAGUUAAUCAUACUGAUUUUCUGAGGGCCUGUAAUUAUUGAUAGUUGUGUAAAAUGCUUUAAUUACCAGACACUUAAUAAACAUAGCUGCCUUUACUGUGAAGCAGUGGUUUUCAUGGUGUCUCAGACCAGCAGGAUCACUGAGGAGCUCGUUACAGUAGGGAACAUUCUCAGAACCAACCCAGACUCCUAGAGACUUAGGAGUGGCAUUCAGGAACCUGUGCACACUAAUUUGAGAGGGGUUUCAAGAUGUAAAUUUUCUGAGGAUUUAAGGUAGGCUGUUUUGUUUUUAUCCCAGAAGCUAUUGAGUUAUGAACAAUGCAUAUUUGUUAUUUGGUAGACAAACAUUUGAUAAUGUGUUUUGUAAACAUGUAUUUACUAAACCCACAUUUUACCUCUAAAGAUACAUAGAAUUCAA